AUGGCGAUCAGACGUUUAAAUUUUGCUGCUCAGCUCGAAGAAGUGUCGGCUUACCCAUACCUCUGCUUACGCUGGUACGACGGCAAUACUGUCCGUUCGACCGUCGUCGACCGUCCAACGCCUAUCCUUCUUCCGUCUUUACGUUCAGGAAAGGCGUUUGUGCGAUAUAACAUGCGUUCAACGAACUGCGACGACCACCGUACACGGCGUGGCUGCCAAGGAUGUGUUUUGACGAUCCGCUACGGUAGCCUGAACGCUUCUGCGCUGAAACUUCGGAGUGUUCAUGAAGUGCCUGUCUUUUCCUCAAAGCAGCAGAUGUCGUCCGAACCGCCCGACUACUACAGCAGUUAUAUCAAAUGGGACAGGCUGUACAUCGAACUUGUGAUCGUUUUCGAUACCUCAAUGUUUUAUCAUCCGCUGAACAUCAACGUGGCACUGACCGAUGUAAUUGUAUGGAGGAACCACGACGGUGUGGAAAUGAAUCGCGACGGUGAGCGUACGUUGAGCGAGUUCGCUCACUAUCGGACAGUGAAUCUUGUAAAGUCUGUGCCAAACGACGUCGCCGUCCUCAUCACGUAA